AUGAUAAACCGGCGUAGCGCGUACGAUUGUUUGUUUACAGAUAUGUACAACAGACUCCAAUGGAUUGCAAUCCUUCUAUCAUUGGAACAUCUGCUGGCAGCGUCGCUUCCAACGGAUAUAUUUUUAGACAAUGAAAAACAAGCACUUGCUCAGACGGGGCCGAACACGAAGUCGUUCCAGUCGCCGCACCUUGGACAGCUGGAAGAGAAAAAUAACAGUGGUUCUUUUCAAAGUUUAUCUUCAUUAAAGGAGGCGCGCACUGAUGGCAAGAGAAGCGUUCCACCUUUGGCAGUACAAAAGAGAGACUUUCAUGCAAGACUAGACGCGGAUGAUAGUGACAGUUCCUCCGAUAUUAUAAGCUCAGAAGCCGACGAAGGAAGUUCGGACAGCGAACACGAGAGUGAUGAGUUAGAGGAAAGCUCCGAGCCACAGUCAGAAGACGACGAAGGAUCUUUUAGCAGCGACGGCGAAUUUCCGGAAAGCACGGUUGAGUCCUCCGAAGAGGAAGAGGAUGACCCAUCUGAAAGCGUAGACGACGUCUUCGGGGAGGCCAGUGAGGUUCAAGAGGAAGGCAGCGAAGAAACCGAAGAGAAGGAUGUAAAUUCGGAAGAAUUUACCGAACCUCCAAGGGAUAGCGAGAUCGAUAGUGAUGAAACGUAA